AUGCCAAUGGAGCCGCUCAACAAGCUAUGCCUGGGUGGACUUCGGGGUGUCGUGUGGGCCGACUGCGUCCAAGGCAUCGUGCUCUUCGCGGCUCCGCUUGUGAUCAUCGGCAAGAUACUCCACGACUCGGCACAUCUGGAUGUACCCCUAAGGCCAUUGAGUGAUUUAGACACAAAGCAGGGAUUUUUAAGAUUGGAAGCGGACGUGAGCAACGACGAGACCGUGUGGGCGUACGUGGUGGGCAGUGUUCCUUUCCACUUGGUGCGUGAAGGCAUGGACCAGAUGGUAGCCCAAAGGUUCCUGGCAGCCAGAAGCAUUCACAGCGCCCGCAGGGUUGUAUGGGCCGGUACCUCCAUGCUGGUGUUCUUCGUCUUGUCAACGUCGCUCACGGGCCUGGCACUGACCUACUGGUACAGAGACUGCGAUCCAAUGCUGACAGGAGCCAUCACGCGUUACGACCAGGUGGUUCCCUUCUACGUAGGUGAAAGCCUGGCGGACGUCGCAGGUCUCCGAGGGCUCUUUCUCUCCGGUCUCGUGGGAGCGUCCAUCAGCACGGUUUCGUCAGUGGUGAACUCCCAGGCUGCCACAUUCUACGUGGACAUUGUCUCCCCGAACAUAGACCUGGGGAGAACACAAGCAGUCUGGGUGACACAUCUUCUAGAAUUCGGCAGCGGUACGCUGAUGACAGCUUUCGCCGUAGUGGUGCCUCACGUGGGGACGGCGACACGGAUCCUCAUGUCAUUGUACAGUGGGGCUUCCGGACCAUUUGCAGGUAUGGUUAUUGCAGCCGUUUGCCUCCCAUGGACCAACACUAAAGGCACGGCAGUAGCCACGUCACUCGUCUUUCUGCUCGAAAUAUGGCAAACCAUUGGCCGAACGCUGUCAGGACUGGAACCACCGAGGAUGAAUACGACGUUGGAACGCUGCACCAACAAUGUCACAACAGCUUUGUCGGGGUUCCAGUUUGGUAACAAGUCUGAAUCGCAAGCGACCACCAGCAAUUUCAUCGCUCAGCGCGGGCCAUAUGCAGGCAGCAGCGAGCCGGACGUCUUCCUCCUGUAUCGCCUGUCCUCGUACUGGAGUUCGUUCAUUGCCCUCCUAGCCACAGUGUUACUGAGCCUCGUGCUAAGCCUCAUAAUCGGCGCAGAUCGAGUGGAGGUGGCCAGAAACGCCCGUCUUUCCAGUCCCCUAUUCCUGACGCUGUGGACCCGACUUGGAUGGCUUCCAGACUCGACAGUGAUGCCCAUCAACUGCUGCGAUGCGAGCUACAAAGACGGCUGCACUGAAGAACGUCCUGAGAUCUUACCGCUCCACUUAGCGCCUGAAUAA